CCCGUUCUCCACCAAGAACAAAACUGUUAUAGCUCUAUCAAGGAAGGCUCCAGAAGAAGGCGAAUCAGGAAGCUCGAAGAUCUCAUCUCUCUCCUCGCGGGGGUCGAUGGAUUCCGUGCCGGUGAAUUGGGACGCGCUCGACUCCCUCGUCAUCGAUUUCGCCAAAUCCGAGCGCCUCCUCUUCCCCGAUGACCCCGCCUCGCCGCCCCUCUCCCCUUGCUCAUCCUCCGCUUCCUCGUCCUACCGCUCCCGUCGCCUAAUCCGCCAGAUCCGCCGUUGCAUCGAGGCUGGCGAAGUCGACGCUGCCGUCGACCUGCUUCGCCUCCACGUCCCCGCGCUCCUUGACGAUCGCCGGAUCCUUUUCUGGUUGCAGAAACAGAAAUUUAUAGAGCUUUUGAGGAGUGGGACGGCGAGAGACCGUGAUUCGGCUAUCCAGUGUCUUCGCGUUGAUCUCGCUCCUCGUGCCCUCGAUGCGUACCCUGAAGCUUAUGAGGAGUUCAAACAUUUGCUUUUGGCAUUAAUAUUUGACAAGGAUGACCAAAGUUCUCCUGUGGCCUAUGAGUGGUCUGAAAGAAGGCGAUCGGAUCUUGCUGGCCUCCUGUCUUCCAUAUUAAGAGCUCAUUUGCACGCCUAUGAUCCAAUUUUUUCUUUGACGUUAAGAUACCUAAUAGGGAUCCAUAAAGUGUUUUGCUGCCGUCAAGGUGUUUCAUCUCCUAUAUUGGAUCUAACGGAAAGAUUAUUGCUUGAGGACAGGGAUCCUCAUGUGACACCACAGGAUACUGUGUAUGAGGCACCUCCUUUUGAUGAAGUUGAUAUUCAAGCCAUAGCACAUGCUGUGGAGUUGACAAGACAAGGAGCCAUUGAUAGCUUAAGAAUGGCAAAAGGAGAUCUGUUUCAUGCAUUUCAGAAUGAACUAUGCCGAAUGAAACUGGAUCUUUCAAUUCUUGACAAGCUUGUUCAUGAGUAUUGUAUUUAUAGGGGCAUUGUUGAUGGUGUGUCUCAUUCUCCACCAGCAUCAGAUCAAGAAAACAACUCAUCAAGAGAUUGCUCUUCGUCAAACAUAGAAUGCACUAGCAGUAAAUUCUCUGAUGGUGAAACUUCUGUGGAUAAUGCUGAUGCUGAAGGUGUUCCAGAAUCUCAUGCUGAUUCAACAAGCAUCUGUGAAAUAAGAUUUGCAUUUGAAGUGGUUGACAAUAAUGAAAAUUGCAGCACCAGUGAUGUUACUCAUCAAGAUACUUCUUGUAGAAGAUCUUGGAGUAGCAGAAACUAUGCGACAGGACAAAAGAGACGGAAAAAAUGGAGAGGACGUGUCGAAGAACAAGAGUAUUCCCCAUCAUCCUCUUCUCUGCCUGGGAUUCCUACUCAAGAAAUUUCUCAUGGGCCAAUUGGUUAUUUGGAGGAUACCGUCCAAGACGAUCGAGUACCAAAACAUUUAUCUGAAAGCAUGAAAAAUGUAGAGAAUAAAUAUGAUAUAAUUUUAGAGAUGAGGGAGCUGACUUACAAGGGGAUGACUGCAAAAGUUGUCAGAGAAAUAAAUGCGAUAGAUCCAGACUUCUUCAUCCAAAAUCCUAAUCUUCUUUUCCAGCUAAAGCAGUUUGAGUUUCUUUCUCUAGUCAAUAGUGGUGAUCAAGAAAAGGCUCUUACAGUGGCACGCACUCAUUUAGCCCCUUUAGCUUCAAAAAAUGAAGAUCUGUUGAAGCCUUUGAAAGAGACAUUGGCAUGCCUGCUUAAACCAUGUGAAGAUGUUCUUACAAAAGCAGUACCAUUAUCCAUCCUUGCAACCUCAUUGCAGGUGGCAAUGGGUUGGAAGCUUGGUAUUCAAGAACCUCAACUUAUGAAAAUAGUGAGAGCGACACUUCAUACACAUAGUGAAUGGUUUAAGCUUCAGAUGUGCAAAGACAGAUUUGAGCAAUUCCUGAAGAUAGAUCAACUAAAAGAAAUUGAGCACCGAUUUCUCAGUCAUUCUGCAGCCAAGGCAUCCACAGAUGAUACAAAUGGAUCUUCUCAAAUGUCUAUAUAUUCUAAUAGCAAAAUUCAGGAAGAUGGUAGUAGCCCUCAAGUAUCACCUGGUGAAAAUGUUUGUGAUGAAAAUGCCAUUCUUAAAGUUAUGGAAUUCCUGGCUUUGCCCCGGGCCGACGCAAUUCAUCUCCUAAUGCAGUACAAUGGGAAUGCCGAUACCGUUAUUCAACAUAUUUUUUCCUAGAUUUGUCGUGUAAAUUCUAAUCUUUUACUUCUGAACUUUUUAUUUCUGUGUAUUAUAUUAUUGAAUUGGUCUACAUCUUUAAUAAACUUGUGAUAUAUGAUUUCUACUGGUG